CAGCGACCCUCACAGCGUGCACACGUCUUUUCGACCUCUACUAUCACCAUCGUCCUUGAAGGUGUCAAAGUUUGGCUGGGAUCUACCAAACUGACCUACAAGCAUCGUUCCUUGCACAUGAUGACGUGGAGACAAUCAUCUCAACUCUUAGGUCUUCGUUUGCGCAGUUCUUCCAUAGCAGCUCUCCCAGCAUCCAGACGACAUUUCAGCUAUUCCCCUAGAGCCAUGAACAAGAUCGUGGUACAAAAUCCAGUUGUUGAGUUGGAUGGAGACGAGAUGACCAGGAUCAUCUGGAAGAAGAUAAAAGAGGAGUUGAUCCUUCCUUAUCUUCAACUAGACAUUAAAUACUAUGACCUUGGUCUGGAAUACCGUGAUAAAACGAAUGACCAAGUCACUACUGAAUCCGCCCAGGCUAUUCAAAAGUAUGGUGUGGGAAUCAAAUGUGCUACAAUCACUCCAGAUGAGGCUCGCGUCAAGGAGUUCAAUCUGAAGCAGAUGUGGAAGAGUCCCAACGGAACCAUACGUAACCUGAUUGGAGGAACUGUUUUUCGCGAGCCUAUCAUUCUUUCUCGCAUACCUCGGCCUAUUCCUGGCUGGGUGAAGCCCAUCGUCAUCGGCAGACACGCAUUUGGUGACCAGUAUCGCUCUACUGAUUUUGUUGCCCCUGGCCCUGGAAAAUUGCAAUUGGUCUAUACUCCCACAGAUGGAUCUGCCACAACCACUUUGGACGUUUAUGAUUUUGAAGGCCCCGGUGUCGCGAUGAGCAUGUACAAUACAGAUGAGUCAAUUACUGGUUUCGCCCACUCCUCCUUCAAGAUGGCUUUGACAAAGAAGAUGCCUCUUUUCAUGUCGACCAAGAACACCAUCAUGAAAAAGUACGACGGCAGAUUCAAGGAUAUUUUCCAGGAAAUUUAUGAGAAAGAGUAUCAGUCACUUUUCGAAAAAGCCGGAAUCUAUUACGAGCACCGACUGAUCGACGAUAUGGUUGCACAGGUUAUCAAGUCCUCGGGAGGAUUCGUGUGGGCGACGAAGAACUACGAUGGUGACGUUCAAAGCGACAUUCUCGCUCAAGGGUUUGGAAGCUUAGGAAUGAUGACAAGCGAGCUCAUCACACCUGAUGGAAAGACUCUCGAGAGCGAAGCCGCUCAUGGAACGGUCACUCGCCAUUAUCGUGAAUACCAGAAGGGUAACGAGACGUCCACCAAUCCUGUUGCUUCCAUCUUCGCUUGGACCCGUGGACUUCUUCAUCGGGCUAAAUUGGACAAUAACGCUGCGCUCCGUACUUUCUGCGAAGACCUUGAAGCGGCUUGUGUAGAAGUUAUUGACAAGGACGGUGUUAUGACUAAGGAUCUUGCCAUCGCUAUUUACGGCAAGGAUAUGAAGCGGGAGCAUUGGGUUAUCACUGACGUUUACUUGGAUAAGGUCAAGGAGAGACUGCAAAAGAAGCUAGAUACGAAUUUGAAAUCCAAACUCUAGCUGUAAACUGCGGUACCUGUAGAAAGGUUGGAUAAGCUAUUCUUCGGGAUCUCGAGCUGAUAUCAUGUUGUACACAUAUACCGACCGAUCAUCUCAUCCUAUCAUAUAUGUAUUACUUUCAAUCGCUCGAUGUUCGCUCGAUGUAUCUUUUUCAGACCUCGU